CUUGGGCAGGCGACCAUGGAUACCUGGGUCUUGUGGUUCUUGCUCUUGCAAAGUGUACUCCAGUACCCACAGCCUGUGGGUGAUGGAUUGGACGAGGUGACCCGUCUGCGAAUGGAGGCGUGGGCCAAGCUCCAGGAAGAGGAGAAGAUUCGUCUGGAGCGGGAGGUGGAGCAGCUGGCCCUGAAGCAGGGUGUGUGGGACUGGGGAGACCUGCUCUGCUCUGCCUUGUGGCUCUGGCAGCACUGGGCUGUUGCUGGGCUCCUGCUGCUUCUCUUGGCCUUGUGGUACAUGUGGAGGAAAAGGAGCCUGAGGAGAGAGGAGCAUGAGGAAGAAAUCGAUGGUGCAAAUGAAGAGGAGGGCAGAUAUGUGGAGGGAAUCGAAGAAGCUGCUGGAAAUGGAGAAGUGGAAGUGGGAAAUGAAGGAGGAGAAGAAGAUGGAGACAAUGAUGUGAAUGGGGAGGAAAACAAUGAUUAUGGCAAUGCGAUGGAAGUUGCUGCACAAGCCCAAGUCCACGUUGCAAAUGAGGUCGACGAGCGUGUUCUUGCAGAUAGAAUUGAAAGGCUGUUAAUGGAGCGCAUCCAGUGGCCAGUGCAGGACCUGCUGGGAGGAUGCCAGUGGACGACUGACCUCAUGGACAAUUUUGCAAGUUACUUUCGGCGCGUCUUGUCCGACACCUUCUACCCAGUCCUGCAAGAAGCCAUUGGGGUGGGCAGUGCCUUUGAAGGUUGGAGUCCCCGUGAGGAGGAUGUUGUGUACCAGGUGCUGGUACCCAUGACUCCUCCCCGAGGGCACAGCUUCCACCUGGAGCUGGACACUGCAGGGCAGAGGCGCGUCAGGAACUUCCGCGUGCGUGUGCAGCAGGAGUGCACCUGCGGCAGGGCGCAGCGGGGUAAGGACAUGCUGUGCUUCCUGCACCAGCCCGAGGAGGAGCUGAGGACGAAGCAGGAUCCCAGCCUCGUUGACACGCUGUGCACCGACUCCUACCUGGACGUGCACAAAACUGCCCGCUGGUUCUACCAGCUGGUGAGAGCAGUCUGGCCGGCUUUGCUUCAGUCCCACAGUUGGCAUUUAGUGCUGCUGCCCUGCAGACGCUCCUGCCAAUUCCAGGUGACCAACGGCAGGGAAAGCUUCCGCAUCGAGAUGCUCUUUGGGGUGAGACAGGGCGACUCGGAUGUGUUUGUGAGCAGCGAGCCUCGAGAAGCCUAUACCUCAAGCACAGUGUGGCCGGAGAGCUACGCCGUGGCAGAGAUGAAGUUCUUCAAGUACAUCGCCAGGCGGGCCCCCUAUGACAGCUUGCACCUCAAAUGCCUGCAGUUCUUCACCCGUCUGCAGCUGGGCUUGGGCUUUUCCACCUACACCAUCAAGACUAUUGUCAUGCACCUCCUGAGCGUGGUACCCGUGUCACAGUGGCGCAGGAGACAUUUUGUGAGGCGAGUGCUGGACAUCAGCGAGAGCCUUCGCACAUGUGUGCAAAUGAGACGCCUCAACCACUUCAUUGUGGGCAACCGGAGGCUUCCUGAGGGGAUCAGUUUGCCCCCAGAUGUUCUAAUGGCCGAGUCAUGGAAUCUCUUCUAUGACCUGGAGAUGGAUCCCAUUGCCCACUCCCAGGCCAUGAGUCAGUACAUGGAUCUGCACUGGUGGCUCAAACGGAUCAUUGACAAUGAAGAGUGAAAGAGGCUCUCCUGCACAGAGUUAUGCUUAUUGGGGCCCGCCCCAUGCAGCAGAGAACAACCUUCCAGGCUAUGGCAGAAGAGGCCAGAAUGUGGGAUACAGAGAGGGAAGCAGCACUGUGCCAGCAGCAGCAGGGUCUUGUCCACAGUCUCCUCAGCACUGCAUCCAGAUGUGACCACGUUGGCUGCAAAGAUCGAGGAGCGCACAAGAGAUUUGAAAUGCUCUGAUUCGUUUUUUUUGCUCUCUGGGCUCUGUGUGGAGAAUCUACAUCCUGGGAAGAAGCUGUCCCAGACCUGAGCAUGCAGGACAUGGAGUAGGCACUGCUCUAUUGGCAGUGGCAACUGCUGCCACACCUUUCCUUUGGAGCAAAACACACUCAGGGAGUCACAGCUGAUGGAGCUGAAGAGGCUGUGGCCAGGGCACUUGUGAGAGAGAGUCCCGUUACCACCAGGACUGUGACUGCCCACACCUCUUUCUUAGAGUUUAUUUUUCCUCAUGGAGCUUCACCUGGUGGGAAGACGGAGAUCUCAGAAUCCCAGAGGAGGAAAUGUUUGGAAGCACUACUUGUGGGAUAAUCUUGACCACAGCUGCUCCUUCUUUGUCUUUCUGCUGAGCAUUGCAAAGGAUUUUUGUUUGAGUCAGUGAGCCAGAGGUUUCUCUGAAUGCUUCAGAGAGAAAUCAGAGUGCAGGGAUUGAAUUAAAGCCUUUAGAUGCAUUGAAAUAUAUUAAGCCACUCACACAUAAAGUAGAUGUUUAAAUAGAAGUAAGUUAGUAAGUUUUAGGGUAAGUUGUAGUGUUUUUAGUAAGUUAAAGUUUUAGAUUCCACAGUAGCAGUUGAAGUUCUAGUGAUGGUGAAAAUUCAUAUUCAUAUUUUCAGUGGGGGCUCGAGGAUCAUAAUUGUAGACACUGUUUAGACAGUAUAGAAGUAUAAUAAGAAUAUUGCUUACAUUUUUCAGAUAGAACAAGAUAGGUUGUAUAAUUAGUUGUAUACGUUACCUAGCAUCCUAAACAUCUACAAUCCUAAUAAGUUAAGGAGUGGUGGUCCGAGUUUGUAUCUUAGCUUUUUGAAAAAUCCUAUAGAAUAAUAUGUAUUGGGGAGAGUUGGUGCUCUUCAGCCACUGGCUUUUAACUGGCUUCUUUUGCCAGGGCUUUUAGCCAUUUGCUUUUGCUUUGCUACUGCUUCUGGCAUUGCUUUUAUGCUAUUGCCUUUUGAGACUGAUGUGCUUUGUAACAAGAUGUGCUUUGUAAUAAAAAAGUUUCGAACUAUUAGCUGCAUUACUUAUUUAACAUAACCCGACAAAGUAGGAGCCAAAAGCUGGGAGUAAGAGCCUAAGGGCUCCGGAGUUGGUGCCUUAGAGCACCGGAGGUCUAAAACCUCACAGAUUUUGUUCAGAUGGUUCUUGACUAUUUCUGAUGUGGGAGAGUCUACGGUCUCUGGGCAAUGGCCAGGAUCAGUCCAGGAACCAUGUUUCUCCUCUUCCCUGGAAGGCAAAUAUGUAGGUCAGCAUUGUACCAAAUGUGUUGGGGCUGACCUGAAAUUUUGUAUAGACAAGAAUCUCGAUUUUUUUUUCAUGUAUAUAUAAAUAUGUCAAUGUCUCAUGCAUGCAUAUGAUAUACUAGAGCGCUCUACUUGACCAUAUGUAUGAAUAAAGUUCCAUAAGUGAAAAUAUAUCCUAAUAUUAAUAUUUUCAGUGAUACACAAUUUCUAUUUAAUAAAUAAUGCU